UGGCGCCGGGCUUCCGGCAGUGGGCGGUGCGGCGGGGUCGGCGGCGGCCGGAAGCAGGCUGCGCCAGCCUCUGGGCGCUCUGCCUGCACUUCCUGGGGGCCUCUAGCCGGGCUUUGGAGUCUUCCGGUAGGCGGCGCGGGAGGAAUAAGAAGCUUGAAGGGCCGGCCCGGGCGGAUCUCUUCGUCUCCCAAUGUGAGCGGCUUCCCGAGCCCCCCCCUUCAGGCGAAGGCUGCCCCCCAGAGAGGUGGAGCCGGUGGCCGGGCCGGGACCAUGAGGCACGGUGUCCUCUUGCUGACCAGCUUGGUUCAUCUGGUGCUGGCGCCGCGACCUGCUGACGAGCGGGGCUCCCCGCGGCGACUCGAAAAGCUUGAUUCUUUGCUCUCGGACUACGAUAUCCUCUCCUUAUCCAAUAUCCAGCAGCACUCUGUGAGAAAAAGGGAGCUGCAGGCCUCAACACACUUAGAAACACUACUGACUUUUUCAGCCUUGAAAAGGCAUUUUAAAUUAUACCUGACAUCAAGUACUGAACGCUUUUCCAAAAAUUUCAAAGUCGUGGUGGUAGAUGGGAAAGAUGAAAGGGAGUACCCCGUCAAGUGGCAGGACUUCUUUAGCGGGCACGUGGUUGGUGAGCCUGACUCUAGGGUUCUAGCACACAUAGGAGAUGAUGAUAUUACAAUAAGAAUCAACACAGAUGGGGCAGAAUAUAAUAUAGAGCCACUUUGGAGACUAAUUAAUGAUACUAAAGACAAAAGAAUGUUAGUUUAUAAAUCUGAAGAUAUCAAGAAUGUUUCGCGUUUGCAGUCUCCAAAAGUGUGUGGUUAUAUAAAGGCGGAUAAUGAAGAGUUGCUUCCAAAAGGGCUGGUAGACAGCGAGCUGCCUGAUGAGCUUGUUCAUCGGGUGAAGAGACGAGCCGACCCUAAUCCCUUGAAGAACACGUGUAAAUUAUUGGUGGUAGCAGAUCAUCGCUUUUACAAAUACAUGGGCAGAGGGGAAGAGAGUACAACUACCAACUACUUGAUAGAGCUAAUUGACAGAGUUGAUGACAUCUAUCGAAACACUUCAUGGGACAAUGCAGGUUUUAAAGGUUAUGGAAUACAGAUAGAACAGAUUCGCAUUCUCAAGUCUCCACAAGUGGUGAAACCUGGUGAAAGGCACUUCAAUAUGGCAAAAAGUUACCCAAAUGAAGAAAAAGAUGCUUGGGAUGUGAAGACGUUACUAGAACAAUUUAGUUUUGAUAUUGCUGAAGAAGCAUCUAAAGUCUGCUUAGCACAUCUUUUCACGUACCAAGAUUUUGAUAUGGGAACUCUUGGCUUAGCUUAUGUUGGUUCUCCCAGAGCGAACAGUCAUGGAGGUGUUUGUCCAAAGGCUUAUUACAGUCCAAUUGGGAAGAAAAAUAUAUAUUUGAAUAGUGGUUUGACCAGCACAAAAAAUUAUGGUAAAACCAUCCUUACAAAGGAAGCUGACCUUGUUACAACUCACGAAUUGGGGCACAACUUUGGAGCAGAGCACGACCCAGACGGUCUGGCGGAAUGUGCCCCAAAUGAGGACCAGGGAGGGAAGUAUGUCAUGUACCCCAUAGCUGUGAGCGGUGACCACGAGAACAAUAAGAUGUUUUCAAACUGCAGUAAACAGUCCAUCUAUAAGACCAUUGAAAGCAAGUCCCAGGAGUGUUUCCAAGAACGCAGCAACAAAGUGUGCGGGAACUCCAGGGUGGACGAGGGCGAGGAGUGCGACCCCGGCAUCAUGUACCUCAACAACGACACUUGCUGCAACAGCGACUGCACGCUGAGGCCAGGUGUGCAGUGCAGCGACAGGAACAGUCCUUGCUGUAAAAACUGUCAGUUCGAGACGGCCCAGAAGAAGUGCCAAGAGGCUAUUAACGCUACUUGCAAAGGCGUGUCUUAUUGUACAGGUAACAGCAGCGAGUGCCCGCCUCCCGGAAAUGCCGCCGAUGACACCGUGUGCCUGGAUCUCGGCAAGUGUAAGGACGGCAAGUGUGUGCCCUUCUGUGAGCGCGAGCAGAGGCUGGAGUCCUGUGCAUGUAAUGAAACCGACAACUCGUGCAAGGUGUGCUGCAGGGACCCCUCGGGCCGCUGCCUGCCGUAUGUCGACGCCGAACAGAAGAACUUAUUUUUGAGGAAGGGCAAGCCCUGUACAGUAGGCUUCUGUGACAUGAAUGGCAAAUGCGAGAAGCGAGUGCAGGAUGUCAUCGAGCGUUUCUGGGAGUUCAUUGACAAGCUGAGCAUCAAUACGUUCGGGAAGUUUCUGGCAGACAACAUCGUCGGUUCCGUCCUGGUUUUCUCCUUGAUAUUCUGGAUUCCUUUCAGCAUUCUGGUCCAUUGUGUGGAUAAGAAACUGGAUAAGCAGUUUGAGUCUCUGUCUCUGUUCCACCCCAGUAACGUCGAGAUGCUGAGCAGCAUGGACUCAGCAUCGGUGCGCAUCAUCAAGCCCUUUCCUGCGCCCCAGACCCCUGGUCGCCUGCAGCCCACCCCAGUGAUGCCCCCCGUGCCCUCCGCACCCCUGGCCCCAAAGCUGGACCACCAGCGGAUGGACACCAUCCAGGAGGACCCCAGCACAGACUCGCAUGCCGACGAGGAUGGCUUUGAGAAGGAUCCCUUCCCAAAUAGCAGUGCAGCCGCCAAGUCGUUUGAGGACCUUACAGAUCAUCCGGUCACCAGAAGUGAAAAGGCCUCAUCAUUCAAGCUGCAGCGUCAGAACCGCGUGGACAGCAAGGAGACCGAGUGCUAGUUCCCAGCCGCAUACUGGGCUCUCUGACUUCGUGGACAGAAUAUUUUUUAUGAAUUUGACCUCAAAUCACUGCAUAUUUUUUGUGAGGAUUUGAGAGAAAUAAGGAAGUGACUUCACAGCAGAUGCUGGUCAUGUGUUUGGACUUCCUUUGCAUACGUAAUACUGGUGUGGUCAGGCCCUUUUCCUUUGAAGAGGUAAGGUGAAUCUGGCUUACUUUGAGGCUUUCAGGUUUUAGUUUUUUUGAUCUUUAUCUUUCAACCUGUGGUGCAGAAGCAGAAACUAUGGCUGGACUAGGUUAUGAAUAUUUACGUUUUUGUAAAUUAACUUUUUACAUUGAGAACAGCACUGAUUAGGGAGAUGAUCAGUUUCUUUUUUAAAUACACUGUAAUGACCUGGCGAACAUAGGCAUUUAGUGGUUUGUGUGUGAGGGUAACAGGACACAGAUUUCCCUUUUACCUUCAAGACAAAGGGAGAUAAAACCAAGUUAUACAUUAUCUCCAAAAUGUGGGUUCUGUUUCUAGGUAGUUCUAGGUAAUACCUAGAACUUGUAACAGAAGAAGGGAAUUAAGUUAGUUAGGUUAAUAUUUCUUAAUUCUAAAUUGUUAGAAUUUCUAAUUUCUAGAAUUAAAACAAUCUAGCUUAUAGUGAAGGUUACAAAUUAUAGCCAAAUGAAUCUACAAAAUCCUCCCAACUGUUUUUGGACCCUAGUUAGCUUGGGCAGUUUUUUUUGUAUCUUCAUGUAUCAGCACUGUUAUCAUGCUCUUAAAACAUUUGCCAUUCAGAAACCUGAACUACUUCAGAGUAAGAGUAUGGUUGCCUCUGCUCAAACACUAGUGGCCAAGAGGGUAUGUGAGAUGGUUCUUGCCAAAGGAACGGGGUGUGAUGUGCUGGCCUGGGGCUUUCUUCCCACACAACUGACUUCUAAAAACCCUUGGUAUUCACCUGUGUUUGUUCUUGAUCUAGUGCUUCAGUAACGUCUGCGUUCACUAUGUGAAGGAUAAAAACCAUCAGGUUGAAUUCUGAUCUGCUUUAAAAGCUUUUUUCCCCUGCUAAGUACUGAAAUGUGCUCACCAGCCAACACAUUUUAACUGAGAUAACUUGUAAGCUUUGAGGGCAAUCAUCCAAACCUGUGACAAAUCAUAUCCUUUUUCCUAAGGACGUUUGUUACGCAGAUACCUGUUACACUAAUACUUGAACCUGUACCUUAUGGUAUUUGCUCUCUUUAACUAGUCAUGAUAUUCUUACAUUGUAGUUACACUUCUGCAAUCAGAUAGAAGGUGAGUGGGGUGUGUGGGUGUAUGUAUGAGUGAAUGCAAGAAAACCAUUUUUUAUAAAAUUGUGACUUUUUAAGAAACAAAA